ACAAACAGCUGUUUUGAGAUCAAUGGGACAAUGGUCGCUUUUUGUUUGUUCCUCCUUGACUCCUUGUCAACAUGUCAACAACUGUCUAGUCUGCUUGUGUACUUGUGUAAACAGUGAAUUUAAAUUUGCGUUUGUCAAUAAUAAUAAAUUAUUAAUUCUUUAAUAAGUUUAGGUUUACCGUAUGUGGAAUUUAUAAUAUAUUCUUGUUUCAGACAUUCAGACUAGUUAUAAUAUUGUAAUCUAUAUUUAUUGACAUAGAAUUGUGAUUUUGACUCAGAACUGACUCCUUUGGAAUAACCUACUAGAUAAUUUAUUUAACUUCUCUGUAAUGUUUCCUGUUCCGAUUUCCUCCAACUUUAAUAUAAUUUCAAGUUAAAACGUUUUUAAACACUUAUUAUCCCAGUUUGUGUUUCUAGUGUUGUGGUUAUGCUCAAUUACAGCCGUAACGAUUGAUGUCAGAUGAUAACAACAUGCCUCCCUUCUGUAAAGAUUUUAAUUCCUUCCAAAAAGAUGAAGCUUAUCAAAGAAAGCUGUACUUCUUGAAUGAACAACUACAAAUAAUGGUUCGAGAACUACCACUGAGAUACCAGCAGCGUAUUCCAAAUGAACUAUUGUGCAGUUUGGCGGAAUCAUUGGCUGACAACACAGUAUUCGGAAUCGUCGACAGUUUGAUGGAUAUCCAACACGUCACCGAAAAACAAUUAUUUCAACAGCGAUUGCAAUUCACUGCAAACCAGUCAAGUGCAAUGCAAACAUUAAUGAAUCAAAAUUUUACGGACUCUGAAAAAGAAGCACAACGAGCGGCGUUGGAAAAGAAACAUAGGGAAGAAUUGAAAGAAUAUGAUAAGAAAGUAAUUCUCGAACUGGAUAGAAAGGUGCAUGAUCAGCAAAGGAUCUUAGAUAUGGCUGGAGUCCCAGGAUUCGAUGUCACUGAUGAUCCGACAAAAAUUCAAGUACAAAUCAGGCUGUUGGACUUCAUUCUUCGACUCAGUCAAAUGGACAUCUCAUGACAAAGUACUUCUUAAAGACAAUGUACAGUUCGCAAAUAGUUGAUUAGUGAAUUUAUAUUUCUACUGAAUUUACACUUUUUCUACUCAUAAAUUAUUCCAAUUAUGUCAAGGUUUGUAUACCUGUAACCCAUGUUCAAUUUGUAAUUUUCAUAUGAUUGUUUUCUCAUUUUCCCUUACCUGUACUGUGGUUGAACUCAUAAAUGAAUGUUCAAUCAUCGUCUACAUUUAGAUUAUGGAAUCAAAAAAUAAAUGUGAUAAAAAAUGUUUUAUUUGUUGGUAAAAUAACUCCAAUUGCCGUUUCCACACACUCACCGAUUUUGCGCCGACACACUCCGAUACGAUAUUUUCCCGAUGUCAUGGGGGUUGGAAUGAAACAGCGAUGUCAUGCACUAGGUACCUCCGUAAACAAAGCCGUAGUGCAUUCGUGUGACGUCAGCACAGGUAGGGCUCCUACACCAAUAGAAACACUAGCUGAUAUAGAUCAGCUGAAAUCAACGAAUUUUUAUUGGUGUAGGAGACCUACCUGUGCAGACGUCACACGAAUGCACUACGGCUUUGUUUACGGAGGUAGUGUGUCAGGCGGUAAACAGAUAUCGUGUCGUUGAGAAUAUAGCUCCCAACUGAUGUCGGCCGAUACUUAUCGUCUGACAUCGCUCUGUCAUCCACAGUUUUGAAGAUAAUUUUGUCAGUUGGGGUUAGUUAGCGUACUAUUUGUUUUCCGUUAACAAGUUACAAGUUGUAAUGGACAAGUAAAAGUUAUGGAAAACAUAACAUAGCCUACAUCUUAUGGAAAACAAAUAUUACAUUUUGACUAUCAUAGAAUUUAUAAUAGUUAGAGCCCUGUCUUUGUGGUAAGAUGUAUAGGGUUAUCCAGUGAAACUGGAAGAUUUGAAUAAGUAAGUAA